ACGCCCCGACCGCUUCCCCUCCCCUCUUGUCCCGGGGCCCUGGCACGAACGGACGGCCGGCAUGGCACGGCCCCCGCGAUCCCCGGCGGCCGCUCCUCCUCCGGGGGGGCCUUUAAACCCCCCGGGGCGCCAUCGGUCCUCCUAUUUUAGGACUAGCGGGAGCGCCACUUGGUAGCCCUUUCUUCGAUCGCCGACCAUGUCCCUCCUCCGCCUCUUGCUCUUCUUCUUCUUCUUCCUCGCUGCCGGCGGCGGCGGCAAUGGCGGGAUUGGGAAAUGCGAGGCGUACGGGCUGACCAAGGAAGGCACGGCGAUCACGUUCGACCGGCGGUCGCUGAUGGUGGACGGGCGGCGGGACCUCUUCUUCUCCGGGUCCAUCCACUACCCGCGCUCGCCGCCGCACAUGUGGCCCGACCUCAUCGCCCGCGCCAAGGAAGGCGGCCUCAACGUCAUCGAGUCCUACGUCUUCUGGAACGGACACGAGCCAGAGAUGGGCGUCUACAACUUCGAGGGGCGGUACGACAUGAUCAAGUUCUUCAAGCUGGUGCAGGAGCACGAGAUGUUCGCCAUGGUCCGCAUCGGCCCCUUCGUCCAGGCCGAAUGGAACCAUGGAGGCCUGCCUUACUGGCUCCGGGAGGUCCCCGACAUCAUCUUCCGCACCAACAACGAGCCCUUCAAGAAGCACAUGCAGAAAUUCGUGACUAUGAUAGUCAACAAGCUCAAGGACGCCAAGCUCUUCGCGUCGCAGGGAGGCCCCAUCAUUCUAGCACAGAUUGAGAACGAGUACCAGCAUCUUGAAGCGGCUUUCAAGGAGAACGGCACCACCUACAUCCAUUGGGCGGCCAAGAUGGCCUCCGACCUCAACAUCGGCGUGCCGUGGAUCAUGUGCAAGCAGACCAAAGCUCCUGGUGAAGUGAUCCCUACCUGCAACGGUAGGCACUGUGGAGAUACAUGGCCAGGUCCAACUGACAAAAACAAGCCCCUCUUAUGGACUGAGAACUGGACUGCACAGUACAGAGUAUUCGGCGAUCCGCCAUCCCAGAGAUCGGCCGAGGACAUUGCCUUCGCCGUGGCGCGCUUUUACUCCGUCGGCGGCACUAUGGUUAACUACUACAUGUACCACGGAGGAACAAACUUUGGAAGGACCGGCGCUUCCUUCGUGAUGCCGCGAUACUACGACGAGGCGCCCCUCGACGAAUUCGGGUUGUACAAGGAGCCAAAAUGGGGACAUCUGAGGGACCUGCACCACGCUCUUCGUCUCUGCAAGAAGGCGAUCCUAUGGGGGAACCCAUCAAACCAGCCAUUGGGGAAGCUCUACGAGGCCCGGCUGUUCGAGAUCCCGGAGCAGAAGAUAUGCGUGGCCUUCCUCUCCAACCACAACACCAAGGAGGACGGCACGGUCACCUUCCGCGGCCAGCAGUAUUUCGUGCCGCGGCGGUCCGUGAGCAUCCUCGCCGACUGCAAGACCGUCGUCUUCAGCACGCAGCACGUCAACUCGCAGCACAACCAGCGGACCUUCCAUUUCUCAGACCAGACCGUGCAGGGCAAUGUCUGGGAGAUGUACACGGAGAGCGACAAGGUGCCCACCUACAAGUUCACCAACAUCCGUACCCAGAAGCCCCUUGAAGCUUAUAACUUGACGAAGGACAAGACGGACUAUGUCUGGUACACCACCAGCUUCAAGCUUGAGGCCGAGGACUUGCCGUUCAGGAAGGACAUCUGGCCGGUGUUGGAGGUGAGCAGCCAUGGGCAUGCCAUGGUGGCGUUUGUGAACGGGAAGUAUGUCGGCGCCGGCCACGGCACCAAGAUCAACAAGGCGUUCACGAUGGAGAAGCCGAUCGAGGUCCGGACCGGGAUCAACCACGUGUCGAUCCUGUCGACGACGCUCGGGAUGCAGGACAGCGGCGUGUACCUCGAGCACCGACAAGCCGGCAUCGACGGCGUCACGAUCCAGGGGCUCAACACCGGCACGCUCGACCUCACCAGCAAUGGCUGGGGCCACCUCGUCGGGCUCGAGGGAGAGCGGCGGAACGCGCACACCGAGAAAGGCGGCGACGGCGUGCAGUGGGUGCCCGCCGUGUUUGACCGCCCGUUGACCUGGUACCGGCGCCGCUUCGACAUUCCGACGGGCGACGACCCGGUGGUGAUCGACAUGAGCCCCAUGGGGAAAGGCGUGCUGUACGUGAACGGUGAAGGCCUCGGCCGGUACUGGAGCUCGUACAAGCACGCGCUGGGCCGGCCUUCGCAGUACCUCUACCAUGUCCCCCGGUGCUUCCUCAAGCCGACGGGGAACGUGAUGACCAUCUUCGAGGAAGAAGGCGGCGGGCAGCCGGACGGGAUCAUGAUCCUGACCGUGAAGCGUGACAACAUCUGCAGCUUCAUCUCGGAGAAGAACCCGGCGCACGUCAAGUCGUGGGAGCGGAAGGACAGCCACCUGAAGUCGGUCGCCGACGCCGACCUGAAGCCGCAGGCCGUGCUGUCGUGCCCGGAGAAGAAGCUCAUCCAGCAGGUGGUGUUCGCCAGCUACGGGAACCCGCUGGGGAUCUGCGGGAACUACACCGUGGGGAACUGCCACGCGCCGAAAGCCAAGGAGAUCGUCGAGAAGGCCUGCGUGGGGAAGAAGAGCUGCGUGCUGCAGGUCUCGCACGAGGUCUACGGCGCCGACCUGAACUGCCCCGGGAGCACGGGCACGCUCGCCGUCCAGGCCAAGUGCUCCAAGAGGCAGAAGGCCGCUGACCAAUAA